GUGCUGAUGCGAUUGGAAAAUAUUUUACGUCUCAGGGAAAUUCACAUUUUUUACUCUUGACCGAGGCUUUGUGGCUCUACUUUGGAAUUCAAGGACUCGGGAAAAUAAAACGCGUCGUAAACAAUGUGAAGUGUUCAUUAUUGCGGAGCAUUCGUUCGUGAAUUGCCGUCGCAACUGUUGUGAUUCAAGACAUAACAGAAUAUUUAACGUUAAAAAAUGAGAAAGGCACAUUUCUAUUUUGGCCGUGGGUACGUCAAUGUCCGCAGCACGUUUGCGUGUCCUGUCAAGCUAAUGUCGUGAGGAAGAGAAUUGUCAAUGAAUGAGAUUCAUAGUGAUUAUUACGAGACUUAUGGACCUUGAGUAUUCAUUAAAACGUAGUUUACAAGGCUGGAAUGAGACGUACGUCUAUCCGGAAUAGUUUUUCAUUGAGUGAAACUGUCAGACGCGAAGUUGUCUUGGGUUUCACACAUCUGUGUCUCCGGUGGUGCUAACGUGAUGUGAUUGGAGAUCAUUCGGAAGACAUUCGCUUAUUUUUAUACUGUUCGACACAUGGGGUGGUUCAGUAAGUGUUUGUGCGGCGUUAAAAACGCGAAAUCUCAUCCCAAAAAGGACAAGAAGAAGAAAUCGCGGACGCGUGAGGAGAUUUACGUGAUACAGGAGAAGAAUAACGAAGAGUUGGGGGGGAAAUGUCGUGCGGAUGAAGAGAAACAGAGGAUCGACCUUGGUGAGCGCCAGCGAUUAACUACACUCAAUGGUGCAGAGCGUGGAACGAACGAUUGGUCUAAUCGCGAAUUGUCUCAGACAAUCGAUCACAAAAUACAGAAUAACUCGAUCGACGAAGGAGAGUUCUAUGAUUCUCUUUCGGAUGCGAGUCCUGAGGACACACUUGAGAAAAACACUUUGAAAUGUAACAACAUCAGUGGUAAAUAUCAGAAUGGCUCGGUUGACUCGUCAACUUGCGGAGACUCAACGAUUCCGAACUCGAUGGCUAAUGGAGGAUGUCGAAUUUCGAGCGAUCCGUGGGAGUCGACGAGUAAAAAUCAGAGAGUGGGUCGGGUGGAGGAGAGUAAUGGCGCAUUCGUAACAUUGAAUAACAAUUUGUACAAUGAGAGGAUGACGAGGGAUUCGGGAAGGAUGUCGGAUCAUUUUGGGCUGAAGGAAGUUAAUGUCAAGACAGGUUCAGAAGGAAGUAAAUUUGGCUGCAGAGAAGCUAGCAUGAGGAUAUCCGGAAAUGAGCAAGACUUCCGGGCUGGAAUGAAUUCUUGCAGCUUUGUGAUACCAUUUCAGGGUAAUGAGGGGCCGGUGAAGGAUUGUAAUGGGAGGAAAAAGAAAAUUCAGUCGAUGAUACCGAAACCCGCGGCUAGGAGUGAGCUACAUCAGUCCGGGGAGGACACGGUGCAGGGAUUAGAUAAUGGCCGUGUCCAUUCGGCGAUUGUCUCUGGCGUCAACUGGGAGUCAAGAAGUGUCACAGUAGAAUGGUUCGAGAAAGGGGAGACCAAGGGGAAGGAGGUGGAGAUGGACGCGAUCCUGGCCCUGAACCCCGAGCUGACAUCAAAGACCAUGGGGCCCCCUCAAAACAACAACAUGCUGUCCAACACAAGAUCGAGGGACUCGUCCGGCGAGGAGGAUGAAGAUCCGGACGAUCUGGAUAACCAGGAGGACGGCUCGUUGGGGCGUCACGGUGGACAGACCACUAGAAACGGCCUGACAUCGGCAACAUUAUCUCAUUCUACGAGGCCGUCUAUUCCAGUUAAAGGUUCCAAUCGUCAGAUAGCCAGACAGACCGGAAGACCAACGAACAUAAUGCCACCUGUCACCUCAGUGAAUGGUCACGACUCCGUGUCAGGCUUGACGAGUCGUCGUGAAUUAGAGAACAUUCCCCCGACACCAACGGCGCCGACAUUCUCCAACGUCACCUCCUCGUCCAUCAACAAAGCCAAACAGAUCCAGCCUCCCCAAACACAGCAGCAAUUGCAGCAGAAGCAACAACAACAGCAGCAGCAGCAGGAGCAGUUGCAGAGCAAUCAGUCACAAGUGGAGAACGGCAGGGGAAGACGAUCUAAUGUUGUUAAGGAGGUUGAGAGACUGAAGAAAAAUCGAGAGGAGAGGAGGCAACGACAGGCUGAACUCAAGGAGGAGAAGGAGGCGUUGAUGAAUCUAGAUCCUGGCAAUCCUAAUUGGGAGUUUCUGGCUAUGAUCAGAGAAUACCAGAAUAGCAUAGACUUCAGGCCACUCCGUGAAACCGACGCCGUUGAGGACCACCAAAUAACCGUCUGUGUUCGUAAGAGGCCACUGAAUCGUAAAGAAGCAAAUCGCAAAGAAGUGGACGUCAUAAGUGUCCCAAGCAAGGAUCAAAUGGUGGUGCACGAGCCAAAGUCAAAAGUGGAUCUGACAAAAUACCUGGAGAACCAAUUGUUCAGAUUUGACUAUGCAUUCGAUGAGACCUGCACAAACGAAAUUGUCUACAAGUACACGGCGAAGCCCCUGGUGCAGACGAUCUUCGAGGGCGGCAUGGCGACGUGUUUUGCUUAUGGCCAGACAGGAAGUGGAAAAACCCACACGAUGGGAGGGGACUUUAACGGCAAAACCCAGGACUGCAAGAAGGGAAUCUACGCGAUGGUCGCCAAAGACGUCUUCAAGUAUCUCAAAUCCCCGAAGUACAGGGGACUCAACCUGGUAAUAUCAGCGAGCUUCUUCGAAAUUUAUUCCGGCAAAGUAUUCGAUCUUCUUGCUGAUAAAGAGAAGCUCAGAGUGCUGGAGGAUGGUAAGCAGCAGGUUCAGAUUGUGGGAUUGACUGAGAAGGUCGUGGAAACUUGUGAUGAAGUACUGAAACUCAUUCAGCAUGGGAACAGCGCUAGGACUAGUGGGCAAACUAGUGCCAACUCGAAUUCAUCGAGAUCACAUGCAGUUUUUCAGAUUGUUGUGAGGACACCGGGUACGCAUAAAAUUCAUGGGAAAUUUUCGCUCAUCGAUUUGGCUGGCAAUGAGAGGGGCGCUGAUACGUCAUCUGCCAACAGACAAACUCGAAUGGAGGGCGCAGAGAUCAACAAAUCUCUCCUCGCCCUGAAGGAAUGUAUCCGAGCAUUGGGACGUAAAGGCACCCACUUACCUUUCCGAGCUAGUAAGCUCACACAAGUACUGAGGGACAGUUUCAUCGGUGAAAAAUCAAGGACUUGCAUGAUUGCCAUGAUCAGUCCGGGAAUGAGCUCCUGCGAGCAUUCACUCAACACCUUGAGAUACGCUGAUCGUGUCAAGGAGCUCGCAGCCACAGAUCCAACUGAAAUGAAGGCCUCACCCACUGAUGAUGAUCGACUAUUCAAGAUUGACGAGCAGGCGAAUGACAGUGUGCUUUCUGAUAGCGAUCUCGCGCAGCUCAGGUCAUUAAAUGAGGGUGAACUCUCCCAAGAUCUCUACACGUUCCACGAGGCAGUAUCAGCCCUGCAACUGAUGGAGGAGGAAGUCCUAGAUACGCACAAACUCGUCAUGGACAAUACCACAAGAUUCCUGAACGACGCUCACGGAGUGUUCAGUGCAACCCACGAAGUCGAUUACGAUCAAGAAGAUUUGAGACGGAAAAGAACAAAGUUUGAGUCGCCCUACCUGACGAGGAGGUUCUCCUUGACUAGACGUCUUAUUGAGAGAAUACAGUUUUCAGACGCGUACGCGAAAAAAUGGGAAGAAUUGUUGCUGCAGCAGCGUGACACUCUCAACGCAGCGUUGGAUCAAGUCAGUCAAUUUCGUAGUCAACUGCUCCAAGAGGAGCAGAUCAGCCAGAAGAUGACACGCACCCGCAACUCCCGAUACAAUUAAACUCCGCUUGGUUGAAUUAACACAAACGAGAAAAAAAUGGGAAAUAGAUGAAGAGAAAAUUAAUCGAUUUUACCACUGUCAUGUGAAUUUUUCCUGCUUGCAUAUCGAGGGGGGAUUUUCCUAAAUCAUCAUUUUUAACGAACGUGAGAAAAUUUAUUGUGGUACAUAGAGAACGAGUUUAACUGAAUAAAUCAUCCAUUUCGAUCAUUACGAUCGAGAAUUAUCGAUCGGACAUGACCAAUUUAUUGGAUUCAAUCUCCAGUGCUCUAAAAAUUAUUUUCAUUUCUCAAUGAUUUUUUUCUCUUUAUGAUAAAUAUCCAUGACAACAAAAGUAUUGAGAAUCUUAAUGAACAUUCAGGUAAUUGCCAAUAUUUUCGAUCUUUGCCUGAUAACCCAGAAUUUUUCAAAAAUACUCUUUUAAUGAUAAGUCCCUGCGUUCGGUGAAUACGUUGAUUAGCUGAAUUCAUUAAUUUAGCGAUGUAAAAUGCUUAAAUCAUUUGUGAGAAUUUUACUAACCGGAUUUACAAGUGUCUCCGGUAUAUUUUCAAUGUUAAAUCGAGGAAAUUUAAAAAUGGCCUGACCAAGUGUAGCGAGCUCUUUCAUUCUGAUGGCAUCACGUCAAAUCAUCAAUUCUUUAUUCUGUAUUCAGAGGGAGAUUUUUAAAUGUCCAUUGAGCACUGGCUGUAAUUUAUUUGAAGAGUGAAAUUCAAAGGGGAGAGGAGAACAUUUGUAUUAAUGAAAGCUUGGAGAUGUACGAUUAUGUUUAGAUAAGACGCAGGACGUUUGAUGAGUAUGGAGAGCGUUGAUUAAAAUAUGUGAGAGGAAAUUCAAAAAAUUCAAGUUAUUAUCAUGCAACAGGUGGGAAAAUUGGAAGAACAUUGAAUGGUCGAAGUGUCAUUGAACAGUGAUAGAAUGCGUGGGAUCAAUGAUUGUGAGUUUGUUCGAUGCCCAGUGGUAUUUCUCAUGAAAAAUAGAUAGAAAUAAAAGAAAUGAAUAGUCGUGUCAGGAUAAUUCAUGAAAUUUUUAAUCCCUGAGGGACCCGACGUGGCGAUUAUUUAUUAUAAAUUCUUAAUUAUUAUUUUGCUUUUUCCAUUAACUCAUCACCCAUCAAUCGCAUUGUUUAUCAAACUUUUGUUUUUUUUUCUACGAUUAUCGAUUCGCCCUGGCGGAUCCCCCAGUGAAUAAAGCAUAAUAGCUUCUCAAGUCCUAUAACGUAAUAAUAAAAAUUUAAAAACCAAAUAACGACUGAAUCCAGAAUGAUAACAGUUUAGAUGGUAAGAUGAUUGAAUUUAAAUUUUACUGUGGAGUGAAUAUGAAUCGUCUCGAGUAUUUUUUUUAAAUAUUUUAUUCUGUUUAGUCAGUAAUACUUUUUAUUAAAUUCACGUAAAAUUGUCAUUUGAUUUCAUUUACUAUUUUUUUCGUAAUCCAAGCAUGUAACUGAGAAAAUAUGAAGCUUUCGAAGAAUGUCCACUCUUUUGGUAAUGUAUUUAUUCUUAGAUUCCUCAAUAUUCGCAUUCGAGGUGUGGACGAUUGAUAUUAGUGGCCUUUGAGAGAUGAUGAAAAAUGUUAAACGAGGAUUGGACAUCGAUUACUCGCUUUAAGUUGUGGCAUGCCCAGUGUACAGAGACCAUAUCACGAAAAUUCUAUUGGAGAUGAUGAAAAUCUACUUGAAUAAAUUGUCAUUACUAAAACAAAA